AUGGUAGUUCUUGUGGAGGAUGCCUGGAUCAAUAACCAUGCAUCAACCCACAAUGUCUCCGAACUCGAUGACUGCGCGAUAGCAAUCGAUGCGACAUACUACCUUCAGCUCUUCCUCGAUACCCCGCCCGCUCACGAACCGCUCCUGCCCGCUCUUGGUGGUAUGACCGGCAUUGAGUAUCACCUCCGAGCGGAUAUUGAGCAAUGGAAGGCCAACAACAUCACCCCCUUCUUCAUCUUCGAUGGCCAGUCUCUGGCCGGUCAGGAGGAGGUUGCCGUGCAGCGGGGAAAACUUGCCAACCAGAAGACGAACGAAGCCUGGAGCUUGUAUUUCAACUCCGAGGCGGAGAAGGCGGUCACGGCGUUUGGUCAGAACAGCGGUGCCUUUCGCAUCCAGAAUCUCUACCCCUUGCUUAAGUCCAUUUUGAAGGACAACAACCUGCACUUCCUCGUGCCCCCAUACAAUGCAUCUGCCCAGCUCGCCUACUUCGACAUGAUUGACUCGGAUCAGUGCGCUGCGGUCAUGGGCUCUCAAGAGUUGCUCCUGUACCCCAUCCGCGACACUGUCAUCCGCUCAAUAGACUGGGAAGCGAAGCAGGCCACCUCAGUAUCCAAGAAGAAGCUUCUUCAUGUGCUUAACAUCGCAGAAAGCAUGCUACACGACGCUCUGUUGAUGACAGGAACAUCUUUUCUGCCCCCUUUCCCCCCACUUCAGGACGUAUCACUCUACCCUCGCCAGUCUACCGUCAACGAUGCCGUGAACCUGCUCAGAGCCUCAGAGAAGUCUGUCCAAUCGGCAUGCAGCUCGUAUGGGGACGUUCUGAAGUCAAAGGACCCCAACUGGCUAGACAAGUACAGAAAGGCCAGGAUGGCCGUCCACCACUUCAUUUACGUUUCAGAGGACGGCGAGGUCAAGGUUACCGACUACGAGCACAUUACUAGUGACAACCAUCUUUACCUCGGUUUGCAGCUCCCCGGAGAGCUGUAUCACUAUCUCAACACCGGAUUGAUUAGCGCUCGCGUUCUCGAUUACAUUACUUACAGCCGGAUCAUCGUGACGCCAACGUUGGAUGGCGUUGCCUCGGAACAGUACAAAAAGUUGAUCACGAACCAGCUUAUCCCCUUGAAGGAGCAGAGCAUCGGCCUCAUCAUUCCUAGGCUGCAUCGCGGUCUUCAGCACAAGCCCAUCCACGUCAAGGUGUGGUUUGACGACAAUUUCUCCCAUGAGAUCACCAAGCUGCUUCAACCGUCUCCGACUGUGCCUGCUGCUACAUGGGAUGUGAAGGACAGUUCCUUCAAGAUCGUGGAUAACAUCGACGAACCUGCUGGUUCCAUCGCUUUCGAGUUUAGCGCACUUCUGUUCCCGGAGUUCGUCAAGGCGACGUUCCCCCAGGAGAAGCGUAUCACCGGUAUCGACUCCAUCCAGAAUGUCACCGCAGUGGCUAUUUGGAGAUUCCUCCAUCUUCGCGGUUACGUCGACGAUUCACACACGCUCACCAACUGGGGUAAUGCUGUUGCCAGCGCCAUCUGGGCUAUGAAGGACUCUCUGAAAGAUAUCCAGCUCCCUGACGGUCUCAACAUCUUUGAAGCUAUUCUAGCCGCGUUUGAGCUCAUCAGAUUCGAUGUGCUUAAUGCGCGACACCGACACGAAGAACUCAACGGAGCUCCGGUUGCUGGCAGUGAUGAGGACAAGGCCAGCAUCGUUCUUAUCAGUCGAUGUGCUUCACUGCUCAAGCUUCGCCAUGAAGCCAACGGAUACACCGGUCCUCUUAACAAGAACCUUCUUUUGUUCCGCUCGCUAUCUAAUGCGGUACGCGAGGCCGAUCGCGAUCUUGUGGAGGCGAUUGUGGCGUCCAUGUUCUUGUACGCGCAAUCGAAGAGAGACAGAGACGAUUAUUUGGAGAUCAGCACCACGUUGCCAUUCCUCUACACUCCAGACAUUGCUCUGGGCAUCGCCGUCAAGACAUUCAUGGACGAAAUCCCCGCUGGCGAGAGCAAAGAGAAGCGUCAAGCCAGACUUGCUGACUUCUCUGAGAAGUUCUUCCCUUAUGCUACCAACUUCAGGGAUGAUGUGCAACUGGCGUUUGCCUUCUUCGAUGCGAUUAACAAGGGUGUGCAGACUCUCAACAAGGAGGUAUCUGCGGCCGAUAAGGCCGUGUGGUCGACGGCAAGCAAGUAUCUAGACCAAAAGCGGUUCUAG